CCCAACUUCAGUCCGACUCAGUUGUUUCCCAACUUCACAAUUCUAAAUGCGCCAAUUAGUAAAUCGUGCUUUGAGAACACUUCAAUCAUACCCAUUAACCUCGACCUUCCAACCAUCUCACAACCGAGCAUAUCAAAAAAGCCUAUCCACUAUGUCCACAGUCCUGAAGCAACCCGUCAAGCUUGCGCUCGUGCAGCUCGCAAGCGGCACCGACAAAGCCGUCAACCUUGCCAACGCGCGCACACAAGUCCUCGCCGCUGCCUCCAAGGGAGCCAAAAUCAUCGUCCUCCCCGAAUGCUUCAACUCGCCCUACGGCACACAGCACUUCCCAAGCUACGCCGAGACGCUGCUCCCCUCCCCGCCCACACCCGAGCAAUCCCCCUCCUUUCAUGCUCUCGCCGCUAUGGCUAAGGAGGCAAACGCCUACCUGAUCGGUGGUUCGAUCCCCGAAGCUGACGCGGAGAACACGUCUGCCGCUGCUGGUGUCCCUAACAAAUACUACAACACCAGUCUUGUCUUCAGCCCGUCAGGUGCCCUGCUCGACACCCACCGCAAGGUGCACCUCUUCGACAUCGACAUCCCGGGCAAGAUCACAUUCAAGGAGUCCGAGGUGCUCACAGCGGGGUCUCAGACGACGAUUAUCGAUUUCCCCGAGUACGGGCGCGUAGCGGUGGCCAUUUGCUACGACGUGCGGUUCCCCGAGCCAGCCAUGAUCGCAGCGCGCAGGGGGGCGUUCGCGCUCAUCUACCCGGGUGCGUUCAACCUAACGACCGGUGCGCUGCACUGGGAGUUACUCGGCCGGGCUCGGGCGGUGGACAACCAGGUGUUUGUGGGGUUGUGCAGUCCAGCGAGGGAUAUUAGCGCGGGGUAUCAUGCGUGGGGGCAUAGCAUGGUUGUUGAUCCGUGGGCGAAAGUGCUGGGGGAGGCCGGGGAGGGGCAGGAGAUCGUGGUUGCCGAGUUGAGGCCGGAGCCGCUGGAGGAGGUAAGGCGGAAUAUACCCGUGUCGACGCAGAGGAGGUGGGAUGUAUAUCCGGAUGUUAGCAAGGGGAGUGAGUGAGUGAGUGUAGUGUAGUACCCGGGUAGAUGGGAUUGCCUAGAUGCGCAAUUUAAUGUACCCUUAGCUGCAUCGAGUGUGGAACCGGACAUACUUGAGAAUCUUGAAACGGAAGUCGCUUGUCCAAACUCGGAGGAGAUAGAUCCCUGAUAUUGGAUUAUAUCACAGGCUCAAUAUGCAUCUCCCAUCCCA